AUGCCCAGCCCGCCUUUCCCUCCACCCGGUUACUCUGAAGAUGUCUUCAGACGCGUUCGUGUGCUGUUCGGGGGAAAGUACGUCGCCGAUGCACCCCAGCCAAAGCUUGUUUGGGAGAACUCCUGGUACCCGAUCUACUACUUCCCUCGCGAUACGGUUGCCCAAGAGUUCCUCCAGAACGCUCAGCAAUCGACCGACGGAAAGUCCACCUACGAUCUUGUAGUUGGUGACAGGAAGUCUGAGGGUGCCGUUACGGUGUUUACCGACGGCGACUUCGCCGGCUUCGUCAAGAUCACCUAUGGGAGUGCGGACGCUUGGUUCGAAGAGGAUCAGAGGAUCUUCGGGCACCCGAAGGACCCAUACAAGCGAGUGCUGAUUGUCCCAAGCUCCAAGCACAUCCGCGUCGAAGUCGAUGGUGUUGAAGUUGCGAACACGACGUCAUCGCAAAGGCUAUACGAGACGGCUCUGCCAAUACGUACCUACAUCCCGCUCAAGGAUGUACGCGUCGAUCUCUUGACUGAAUCGAAGCUUGUGACCAGCUGUCCAUACAAGGGCGACGCGAAUUACUACGAUAUCAACCUUCCGAGUGGGAAGAAAGAGGGAUUGGUGUGGUGGUAUAAGUCUCCGACUCUGGAGAGCGCACAGAUUGCGGGCCUCGUUGCGCAGCCGCAAAGGUCGGGCCUUAAGAAACAGGCCAACCCGAGCACUCAUUCCAUUAAAAAACACAUGUAUUAA